AUGAGCCAUCUUUACUGUCUCCUUGUUCUUGGUUUUUUAAUUUCCCUGUGCGUGAACGGCGCCCAAAGCUCUAUUGACGCCGGCACCGCUCGGGCUCGACUGUUUCGCGAGCUGAUCUCUCGCGCGGGAGUCUACAACACGUUUCCUCCUAGUGCUUCGGAGCUACUAUGUGACCAGGAAUGCCAUCCGUUAUCACAACCGCCGAGGGUUGGUAUUAUUGGUGCAGGUGCUGCCGGAUUGUAUUCAGCUUUGAUGCUACAGAGCCUUGAUGUUGACUUCGAGAUCUUGGAGGCAGACGGGAGGGCGGGCGGAAGGAUCUAUACUCAUUAUUUUGACCCGGAGGUUUCAAAGAAAGCGACGCCACAAGAGGCUGCGUAUUACAACUAUUUUGACGUGGGUGCUAUGAGAAUUCCUGUUAUGCCCUACAUGGACCGAGUCAUCGGGUCGCAAAACUGGUCCGUUGUUAGCUACGUAAACUCGCAUGUCAGGGAACCAGCCGACACAAUCGAUCUGAUCCCAUACAUCUUCGCCACAAACAAUACAUUCCAGCUAUAUAACAAUAUAUCUGUUCACAGUGGCGUUAAUGCCUCCGCAGCCACGUUCCGUGUCUUAACAUCUGAAGGUGGUGAUAUCCCACCCUCUGAUUUUGCGGAUGGCAACCCCGAUACGAUAUACAAUGACGCGAUCUCCGAGCUGAUAGUCGCACUGGAGCAGAACUUCGAUGCCGGGUUUAAUAAACUUAUGGAGUUCGACCAGGUCUCCGUCCGGGCAUACUUUUUGCAGAAAGGGUUUACAAAUGCGCAGAUUAACUGGUUAGAGACCAUUGAGGAAGGAACUUUGUCCUUCGAUAAAGCGUCACUAGCCCAAGCAGUCAUCGAACAAUGGAUAUUCACGGCUGCUCCUCUUGACUCAUGGGUCACGAUCAACGGCGGGUUCGAGAGACUAAUCAAGGGACUUCUCAAAGUUCUGCGAACCCAGCCGAAACUGUACAACCGUGUCACCGCCAUCAAGCCUGGACGAGCAGAUUCCCUCACGGUUGUCGUCAACCAUACAUUUGAGCAUUCGUAUGACCAUGUGAUCAACACAAUUCCACUAGGAGCCACAAGAGUCCUCGACACUUCGGCACUGUCUGAUCUCCAUUACAAUACCACAAUGGCUUGGCGCGCUUUAGCCUAUGAUGACGCAGGUAAAAUCGGCAUGUGGUUCAAGACCCGUUGGUGGGAAGAUCCCGACGUGUUGUCGAUGCCCUUCGUCGGCGGACAAUCCUCCACCGACCUCCCCAUCCGACGUUGUGUGUACCCAUCCUACGGACUUGAGGUCAACGGUGCCCCUGGUACAAUGAUCGCCAGCUAUACAUGGAGUCAGGAUGCUGCUCGGCUGGCUGCUUUUUACCGAAGUGCCACACAGGAAGAGUUCAUUACACAUGUAGUCUUGGAGGAUAUGGCACGCCUUCAUAACAUAUCUGUGUCAUUCCUCCAGGACCAGCUGAUCGAUACAUAUUUGUGGGACUGGUAUAACCAUCCUUACUCUGACGGUGCUUAUGCCCUGUUUGCACCUGCACAGUUUUCGGACGUCCUCCCGGCCUUGCUUAGGCCGAGUUGUAAAGGGAGAUUGCAUACAGCGGGUGAGGCUACGAGUAGUGGACAUGCGUGGGUUGUUGGCGCGUUGAACUCGGCGUAUCGUGCUGUCAUGGAGGUCUUAGCUGUAGAAGGCAGAAAGGAUUUGAUGGAGAAGAUGGUAAAUUUAUGGGGUUCUCUAGACGAGGUGGAUUUGGGUUGGUUUGAGUCGCCAAGUCCGUAA